GAACCGACUGUCAUUGAAGGAAUAUACCUAACCCCUCCAACACCAAUCGAUACGAACCGACCACGAGCCUUCCUCUCGAAACUCCUCUCGAACAAAAAAACGAACAAACAAACCCGUAUCUCUCCCGAAAAGGCAUUCAACCGCCACACACGUACGCACGAGCGCACAAUGGGCCUCUUCUCCUCCUUCCAGUCCGAAGAGACCCGCCGCGCCGAGGAGGUCCGCACCGGCGCCCGCGCCCCGGACCGCAGCGAGCGCCGCAAGUGCUGGGACGCCCGCGACGCCUACUUUGGCUGCCUCGACCGCAACACCAUUGUCGAUGCCGUCAAGGACGACUCCAAGGCCCGCAAAGCCUGUCCCGCCGAGAACGCCGUCUUUGAACGCGACUGCGCCGCCGCCUGGGUCAAAUACUUCAAGCAGUGGCGCGUCGCCGACAUCCAGAAGAAGCAGCGCAUAGCCCAGCUCGAGGCCGAGAACGCCAUCAAGAUGGACGUCACCACCACCUUUGCCGACCAGACCCCCGCCACGAGCAAGGGCGAUCUGCAGGACAUGCUUGCCUCGAGGAGAAAGUAAAAAGAGAGAGAAGGGAGGGAGGAAACGAAAAUCGCAAACAAACAAACACCAAAUGAAAAGGAGAGAAAAAAAAGAAAAAAAAAAGAAAAGG